UGGAUAGGAGCUGUCACCUCACAUCCUUUGCCUCUGACAGACUGAGAGGAGGAACAGGCUCUUCAUCAGCCAAUCAGCUUCUAAAGAGACGAGUAGACGGCCUCGCCAGCUCAGAAUCCAGACAUGGCUCCGUGGGGUGAUGCCAAGCUCAUUUUCUGCUUCCUCUUCAUCAGCUGCUGCUGCACAGUGACCUUAGCAGAAGUUCCUGUCGACUGCUGCUUGGACAUCACCGACAGGACCAUCCAUAAAUCUGCUGUCGCUGAUUUCCGCAAGCAGUACAGCGGACAGGGCUGCUCUCUGGACGCCACCAUUUUGGUGACCAGGAAUGGCUUCGAGCUCUGCGCGCCGGCUAACGAACACUGGGUCCAAGAAGUGGAGAAGCACGUGGUGUCUCUGAAGAAACACUGCAAGAGAGUCAACUACAAGAGCAAGCGCUGCGUUGGAGUGAGGCCUGUGAAAAAGUGAGAGUGACCCUUGACCUCUUCAGCCAAAUGAAAAACAAACGGACGUCUGACAGUCGGGAUGAGGAGACGGAGGAGACGGAUCGAAUCAGUACUUAACUUUAAAUGAACAGGAUGAUUGAAUUGGUUUCGCCCAUUAUUAUUAAAGUGUGUUUUCUCAGUUUAUUUGCAGCUAUAUUUUCUAAGAUUCUCGGGGUGUGGCAAUACAAGUAAAAAGAAUCUGAAGGACAUUUCCGGUCUUUGAGUUUUUAGAAGAAAAAAUGUGAAGCAAUGUGAAAGUUUAAUGUAAAUGUUUAAGCUUUUAUUGCUCUCUCUAAAUGGAUGAUGUAAGGCAGCAGCAGUGUGUUUCUGGUGAAUGGAUUACUGAUAUUAUUUUCUAAAUAAAAACACAUGUUUGAAAUCCUGAA